AUGCUCCAUCUCCUCCUUCUCUCCGACGAAGAUUCUCCCACCAGCAUGCCCCCUUCCCACGCCGCCUCUAGAUCCGCCUCCAAUCACAGCUCCUCCUCCUCUUCCUCCUCCUCCUCCUCCUCCUCCCUUCACCCCUGCAAACACUCCCCCUCCGCGACUCUCGACCUCCUAAUCCUCAUCCUCGUCCUCUUCUCCGGCGCUUUCCUCCUCUCCUCCUACUUCUCCUACCUAUUCCACUCCUUCUCCCUCCUCUCCUCCCACUUCCCUUCCCUCUCCUCCCUUAUCCCCUUGAUCUUCUCCGAUCAAAAUGAGGAAGAUCCAUCCCCAUUCCCUCCGGCGUCCGUCUUCUUCGCCUUCGCCAUCUUCUUCGCCGCGUCGAUUGCGUUCCUCGACCUGUGCUGCGGGCCGAGAUCGAGGAAAUGCCAGAACCCGAAGUGCAAGGGGUUGAAGAAGGCGAUGGAGUUUGAUUUGCAGCUACAGACAGAGGAAUGCGUUAAAUCGGGAGCAAGUAAAGAGAUCGAUCGUUUGCCCUGGAAAGGAGGCAGCGAGAGCAAUCCUGAUUAUGAAUGUUUGAGGGCUGAGCUGAGGAGGAUGGCUCCGCCUAAUGGCCGUGCCGUUUUACUUUUCCGAUCUAGAUGCGGCUGCCCCGUCGCUAAGCUCCAAGGUUGGGGACCUAAACGAGGCCGGCGUCAUAAAAAAUCACAGGCAAACUUGGCUCUAAAGGGAGGUGUAGACAAUCGCUGA